UAUCGUGCUAUUCACCUCCUUUUUGUUGAAACAAGCCAAUUAUUUUACAGAAUCUUAAGACGAAAAUGUCCUUCGUCCAAUCAACAGUCCCAUUUUAUCAACAAACUUACUGCAAGGAGGGGACGACAAUUUCUCCAUCUACCUCGAUCUAAAGGAAAAUACAAAAGGUUACGGAAUUUGUACAGCUCUUGUGUUUAUUUGAAGGGUUUUGUAGUUGCAUGGGCUUUUCGAGGUGGUAGCAAGCUCACUGUCUUCAGGCUCAAUGUCUUUUCUGCGUUGGGUGUCAGAGAAACUGAGUGUGGAGAGCCUGAGGGAUUUAGAGUUAUUUGGAGAGCAAGCUCAGGCAAGCCCACACAGGAAAGCCCAUGAAGACAGCCAGGAGUCCCUGACCUCUCUCCCACACAGGGACACCAUGGGAAGCUUCCUGCCAGACAGCAGCUGCUAUGAGCUCAUCACCAUCAUAGGUCGGGGUCUAGAGGAUCUGAUGACGGUGAAUCUAGCCAGAUAUAAUCCCACGAGAGAACAUGUGGCUGUCAGACGUAUUGACUUGGAGGCAUGCACCAAUGACAUGGUCAAUUACCUACAGGGGGAGCUCCACGUCUCAAAGCUGUUCCAUCACCCCAGCAUCCUCCCCUAUAGGAGCAUCUUCAUAGUGGAGAACGAGCUGUGGGUCAUUACCCCGUUCAUGGCCUUUGGCUCAGCGAGAGAUUUACUCAACAUCCACUUCAGGGAUGGCCUGAGUGAGCUGACUAUCGCUUACAUUCUGAUGGGCAUUCUCAAAGCCCUUGACUACAUCCACCACAUGGGCUACGUUCACCGGAGUGUGAAGGCCAGCCACGUGUUGAUCUCUGCAGAAGGCUUGGUGUACCUGUCUGGCUUGAGAAGCAUCUUUAGCUUGAUCCGUAACGGCCAGCGAUCGCGUGUUGUCCACGACUUCCCUGAGUACAGCGUCAACGUCCUGCCCUGGCUCAGCCCAGAGGUCCUACAGCAGAACAUGGAGGGAUACGACUUCCGUUCAGACAUCUACAGCCUUGGCAUCACAGCAUGCGAGUUGGCCAAUGGCCAUGUGCCCUUCAAAGACAUGCCGGCCACUCAGAUGUUGUUGGAGAAGCUGAACGGCACCGUCCCCUGCCUCCUGGACACCACCACCAUCCCCCCGGAGGAGCUGAACAUGAAGCCCUCGCACUCGGGGGCCGACUCGGGCAUCUGCGAGGGCCCCGGGGGUGGAGUGGCCCGCCACGCCAAUGGAGAGCCCUCCUCAGCCGCGGCGGGUCACCCUUACAGCCGGACCUUCAGCCCCCUCUUUCACGGCUUUGUGGAACUCUGUCUGCAGCGGGAGCCGGAGAAGAGGCCUUCUGCAAUUACACUCAUUGGUCACCCCUUCUUCAAACAGAUCAAGCGGCGUCCCUCAGAGGCUCUGCCCGAGCUGCUGCGGCCCGUCUCGCCCAUCACCAGCUACGAGUACGUCCAGUCCCAGGACUCGCCCUCGGGCACGGCCACCCUGGAGUCUGGGCUCAGCCAGCUGGACGUGGACGACUGGGACUUCUGACUUCAAAGGGGAGGGACGGGAAGCGGGGAGGAGGAAUGAAGAAAAGGAUGGAGGACUGAUGGAGGUCGGAUGGAGGUGUGGAGCGGUGUAGGGUACCUGGACGUGACUCGUUGGGUGUUUGUCCUCUUUGUCUCUCCUGAUGGCCCAUUGUAAAUUCAAAAGACACAGGUGUUUUGUCCUCCUCACGUGGACGGCUACACUUGCCAAGCUGGUCUUGCUGUCCUAGUCUGGCUCUUAUAAGGCGGUAUAUGAACUGCUUGCGUAAAAAGUCACACUUCUUUUUUUUCAUGCACAUGAUUGCCAUUUCUGCUCUGCGUCUGUCACUGCUUGAGAAGCCCCACACCAAUCAUAUUAAAUGAGGACAAGAAGGGAUCGAUGACUCUUUACAUUUUGGCCAUAGGGAUGUUUGACGUGUUUUUUCCUACAAGGUAAAAUUGAAGAGUGAGAGGGAUCCAGUUUUUGACUUGACCAUUGGGUGGUGAUGGUGUUACUGGAUCUUUAGUAUGCUUGCAUUUUGAAAGACUGGCAAAUGUCAAUCCAUUUAUUGGUUUUCUCCAAUCACAGCAUUACAUAGGCAAUGACUAAACAAUCACCUCAUCUUACCAGCAGAACCUGAACCAGUGGAUGACUGGAUGGGUGAAUGCCAAGUGGUGUUGAG